AUGGCUGCGAUAUUUUUAAGAACACGGUUCACGACAUGUAUUCCGCCUCAAUAUGGUGGUAGUGGUAAUCCCAGUUCACCAACGGCUCGAGGUGUAGUUCGCGCUCUUGAGGCCGCCUUUUCACAUCUUGGAAAAAGUUCGUUGCAAGGUGUUACUGUAGCUGUUCAAGGUGUUGGGCAUGUGGCUACUGCUUAUAUACAUUAUUUGGUUGAAAGGCAAGUUGGACAUAUAAUUGCCUGUGACGUAGAUUCUCAAAAGAUUAAAGCUGCUGAGAAAACAUUUUCUAAGGAAAUAAAGGAUGGUACUGUUUCGUUUAGAUUAGCUAAGGAUGUUGAUGCUGUUUCCCCAUGUGGCAUUGGUGGGAUUCUUAAUACUGAAACUAUACCUAACAUUAAAGCCAAAAUUAUAUGUGGUGCAGCAAAUAAUCAAUUGCAAGGCAUUGUUAAUUGUGCUGAUGAGGCCUCAGGUUACGUAGAAGAUGAUCCAAUGUUUGAAAAACAUCUUGGUGACACUUGGGAGAAUUCUAUAUACAAUCUUACAAAAUUUGUUCUUUCAGCUGCUGAAAAAAGUUCGCGCACAACACAGGAAGUAGCAAUAGAAUUAGCAGAAAAAAGAUCAUUUGUCAAACAUCCUAUCUUUGGACAUCGCGGAAUACAAAUUAUUAAUAGUUUAGUUAAUAGCAAAGA